AUGCCUCGGGGUCAGAAAAGCAAGCUCCGGGCCAGAAAGAAACGCCAGCAGGCCCGAGAUGAGAAGCAGAGUUGUGGCAAUGCUGAGGGCCCUGCAGCCUCAGAAGAGGAGGCCACUCCCUCCCCCUCUCCUCAGGGUGAAGCUAGUGUCCAGAGCCUGCCUGUGGCUGGGGCACAGAGCACUUCCCUGGAGCAUCAGAGAACAUCGGCCCACACCAGUCCAGCUGGCGCUCCGGGUCCUGGGCCUGAUGAAGCUUCCAGUACCCACGAUGAGGAUAUGGCAGAGUCCUCUGAGGCCCCAGCCUGCACCAAGUGCUCAGAGAUGGAUGUUUUCAACAACAAGAUUGUGAAUUUGGAGCUGUAUAUUCUGUACAAGUAUAAAAUGAAACAAACCAUUUUGAAGGGAGACAUGCUGCGUAUUGUCGGGCCAAGCUACCGCUACCAAUUUGCCGAGAUGCUCAAGAAAGCCUCUGAGCGCUUUGAAAAUGUCUUCGCCUUGGUCUUGAAUGAGGCCGACACACCCAGUCACUCGUAUGUCCUCGUCAGCAAACUGAAGCUCCCCAAUAAUGGGAGGGUGCGCCCUGGCAGGGGGCUACCCAAGACUGGUCUCCUGAUGAAUAUCCUGGCCGUGAUCUUCAUGAAUGGCAACUGUAUCUCUGAGGAAGAGCUCUGGAGGAAACUGAAUGUGAUGCACGUGUACGCUGGGAGGAAGCACUCCGUCUUUGGGGAGCCCAGGAAGCUCAUCACCAAAGAUUUGGUGAGGCUCAAGUACCUGGAGUACCGCCAGGUGCCUGGCAGUGAUCCUCCGCGCUUUGAGUUCCUGUGGGGCCCACAAGCACAUCUUGAAACCACCAAGAAGAAAGUGCUGGAGUUUUGGGCGAAGUUCAAUGAUACCGUUCCCAGUGCCUACCCACACUGUUAUGAAGAGGCUUUGCGCGAUGAGGAAGACAGAACCCUGAGGCCAAGCAGGAGAUGCGGCAGCCCUGGCUGCCGCUAUUGCCAAAGUCUGCGCACCUCCCAGGGCGACCCCUAG